CCCCCUUUAGGAAUCUGUAGAGGCUGGAUUUAGUUUGGUGUGUUAAAUCAUAUAAAAGUUAAAAUCGUAUCUUCUGUUAUGAUUUCGAUUUUCAAAGACGGAUUAUAGAUGGCGGUUCGUCCUUGUGAUUUGUUCACGUUCACUUCGAUUUUCAAAGACGGAUUAUAGAUGGCGAUUCUUCCUUGUGAUUUGUUCUCGUUCAUGAUAUGCAAAAGAGCAAGUCGCUUCGAAUUAUCCAGAAUGAAGCCGUUACAUGAACAAAUAUAGGAUUAGAGUUAGACUGGGACUUCCUUUAUGUAUAUAACCUAAUGUAAGAAUAUGUUAAUCACAUCUGUCCAUCCAGAACGUGCCCAGAUAUAUCUCAACCGUUGGAUCCACUGUAUCAUUAGAGAUCCCCUUGAAUAAGCACGCGGUUCACAUCCAACAUGGUAUUGCAUUAUGAGUUGACAUAAGUAGUUAUAAUCAUGCUAUCAAAGAAAAUCUCUUAUUAGAUGCGAAUUAUUAAAAGAGAAACAUGAUUUUUAUUCUAAUUUUGUCCUUCAUUCAUGAUACAACUGGGUCCUAAGUUGUGCACUUUCCUGCUACUUUUAGAUGCACCAAACUGUGUUUUUAUGCGAUCGCAAUCAUUAGGUUGUUUUUAUGUUUCUUAUCUGAACUAUAGCGCAUUUUGAAAUAGGUGCUUAAACUUUGUAGUUUUGAUUUUACUGCGUAAACAUUACUGUAUUUUUUGUGCUUCAACUUUGAAAGUUUCAAUUUACAACCUAAUGAUAGCUAAUUUGGCUCGAUAUCCUGUUGAUUUCCGCACUUCGACUUGCUACGAAUGUACCGAGACGUGUAGAAAUACUCGCAUACUACUGCCCGUACCUACACCGUAAUGCAGCUGUACCAUCAUCCCUACUCGAUGAACAGCCAGAAAGUGCGGCUGGCGCUGGAAGAGAAGGGUAUUGAUUACACCUCAUACCAUGUUAACCCCUUGACUGGAAAAAACAUGGAUGCGUCGUUCUUUCGCAUGAACCCGUCAGGAAAACUUCCCGUCUUUCAAAAUGGAGCUCACGUAAUAUUUCAGACCAUCGACAUUAUCCUGUACAUAGACAGACUCACCGUCUCUUUAACGGGCGAAGAUACUCCUAUAAGUAGUGAAGUCAUGGCGUGGAUACAGAAAAUCGAAGGUUGGAACCCUAAGAUGUUCACCCUCUCCCACGUCCCGAAAAAGUACCGCUCCUUUGUUUCCAAAUUCAUCCGUCGUGUGAUAAUUUCCCGGAUGGCCGAAGCGCCAGAUCUUGCCAGCAUGUACCACACGAAGCUCCGAGAGGCUUAUGAUAAAGAGGAAAAGCUGAAAGAUCCCGAAAUAGUAAAGCAGAGCGAGGAAAAACUAAGCCGACUUCUUGACGAUGCGGAACUACAGUUGGAUCAGACAAAGUAUUUAGUCGGCGACGAGUUCACUCUCGCCGAUGCCAUGUUUGUUCCGAUUCUUGUCCGCAUAACUCUUCUGGAUCUCGAAGAGGAGUACAUUACUUGCAGGCCUAAAAUGGAGGAGUACUACAAGUUAGUUAAGCGAAGGCCAAGCUACGAAGUGGUGAUCGGGAAAUAUUUCAGGGGGUGGAGAAAGUACCGGACGCAUCUUAAGACAUUGUGCUUUCUUUCUGUAAGAAGCAUGUUUAGAAGGUAUUAGGGCUUUGUCGAAAGUGGCACGGAUUGUUUUCGAAGAGAGGAAGCCGAAAUGGAGUUUGUACAGUGGCAAACGGACGCGGAAUGAAUGUGGAAUGGAAGCUACAAUUCAAUAGGUUAGAUGGUGAGGAAUGGUGCUCCAGCUGUGUUGGGUUUUUUUUUUGGCGGAACCGCGAGAUUGUUUCUCUCAUUCUCCUCGUAAAUUCUGGCAACUUUGUAAUCCGAAGAACCUGCACCUGCAUUCUUUUAUUUGGUGGUGAUUUUUCAUGUAAAAACUACAAAGGAGAAAUUGGUGUUUUCAUGAGUAUUUUGUUUUCCUUUUUUUUUUGAAUACUUUUCCUUUUGUUAUUUUUAGAUGUACAGAGUUGUUGAGAGAGGAGUCAUUAUAUUUCUGAUAUUUGUGUUAAUAAUGAACUUUUGUCUCU